GUCUCCUGGAACUGGGGCAGCAAUAACCCCAGCGGCGCUGUCGCCGAGGUUGCCAAGGAGGGUGACAUCGCCAUCGAGUCCAAUAAGGGUAACACUAUCAAUAAGAGCGCCGAGCCUGAGAACCCCGCUGUCCACAUCGAGCGCCCCGGCAAUGAUGUCGUUAAGAACGCGAGCGACCUG